AUGGACAAGAACUUGGUUGGCUGGAAGCUUUGGAAGUUAUUCGCAGCACAACAUGAUCUAAGGGCAUUUCCCGUGAAGCUGGUACAUCUAGCCUUAUACGUUCAACACUUGGCGAAAUCCUCAGCAAGCAUUUCUCCGAUAGACACCGCCAUUUAUAGUAUACGAUGGGCACACACUCUGGCUGAUAUCUCACCAUCUCCUACUGAUAGCUCUAUCGUCAAACUGGCAGUUGAAGGAUCUCGUCGAAGUCUCGCUAAACCAAAAUCACCAAAAGAACCAGUAUCAUCUUCAGACUUGGCUCAGCUGGUAGCAGAUAAAGGGGGCCAGGACGCAUCUGCUUUUGAUCUCCGUCUUCUUUUCAUAUGCUUGGUAGCUUUCGCUGGUAUGUUGAGGUGCGACGAGCUCAUAUCUGUUCGUAUGAGGGAUUUAUCCUUCUUCCAUGAUCAUAUGGCAUUGUACGUUCCAAGAAGGAAAAACGAUAAGUACCGCCAAGGUCACACAGUGUUCAUCGCUAGAUCAGGUAAUCCAACUUGCCCAGUAGCUAUGUCAGAGAGAUAUAUUGCCAUGUUGGGUAUUUCUGAUAAGCCAUCUCAUCCCCUUGUCUGUGGAUUCAAACGUACGAAGCGUCAUGGUCUCAAACCUACAAGCAAACCUUUGUCCUACACGACCGUAAGAGAUAUCAUAGUCAAAGGCCUUUCAUCGUACAAGGAUCCUUCCACACUCGGAACGCACAGUUUACGAGCUGGCGGAGCAUCGGAAGCCGCUUCAAGCUUCGUUAAUGAGAGAUGUAUUGCACGGCAAGGUGGCUGGAAGUCCACAUCUUCAAAGGACAUGUACAUAAAAGAUUCAAUUUCCAGCAAAUUAUCCGUUACAAGAGCAAUGAAUCUCUGA